CCGCGAGAUUUGGAAGGCGGCAGUGAAGCGGAAGCCAUUACUCUCUGGAGUCGAUUGCCCCGAGACACAUGGGCCAAGGAGGGGGUUCGUGGCGAAUUCUUUCGACCUGUUGGGGGCCCCUCGCUUCCCCACGCCAGACGGGACCUCCCGUAUGAACUUCUCUUCGCUUCGGCAGCAGCUUCCGUCACCUCCGCUCCCCGAUCCUACUCCCAGUCGUAGUCUGUCUGGGUAUGUCUCAAGGAAUUUGUUACAUCUAGAGCAGUGGUCCCCAGCCACUGGGCCACAGACCAGGCUGCGCAGCAGGAGGUGAGCAGAGGGUGGACGAGUGAAGCUUCAUCUCUGUUUACAGUGGCUCCCCAUCACUCGAGUUACCACCUGGCUUCCACCUCCUGUCAGAUCGGCAGCGGCAUUCCAUUCCCACAGGAGCGCAAACCCUAUUGUGCGCUGCACAUGGGAGGCAUCUAGGUUGUACACUCCUUAUGAGAAUCUAAUACCUGAUGAUCUGUCAUUGCCUCCCAAAACAAGCUCAGGGCUUCCACUGAUUCUACAUUAUGAGUCUCACUCUGUUGCCCAGGUUGGAGUGCAGUGGCAUUCAGCUCACUGCAAGCUCUGCCUCCCAGGUUCAAGCGAUUCUCCUGCCUCAGCCUCCUGAGUAGCUGGGAUUACAGAUGCCGGCUUGGAGAGGCCCGUGAGAGCACGAGAGUAGCUUUCUGGUUGUCCUGGUGCCCUGUUCAGGCAAACCGACUGCCAUUCUUUGAGGAUGGCAGCACUGUCCCCAACACUUGCCAUGUCCACCCAGGACUCCACCUAUCUCCAGGAGUCAGAAUUUCCUCUUUCUUCAAAAGACUGUUCCUGUCCCCAGAAUUUGGACCUGUUCGCAUGCAGUGGUCUGGAGCCUCACACACCCAGUGUUGGUUCCCAGGAAUCAGUGACUUUCCAAGAUGUCGCUGUGGACUUUACUGAGAAGGAGUGGCCCCUGCUGGAUUCUUCUCAGAGAAAGCUGUACAAAGAUGUAAUGCUGGAGAACUACAGCAACCUCACUUCGCUGGGGUAUCAGGUCGGCAAACCCAGCCUCAUCUCACACUUGGAGCAAGAGGAGGAGCCAAGGACAGAGGAGAGGGGCACACACCAGGGCGCAUGUGCAGAUUGGGAGACUCCAUCUAAAACCAAGUGGUCACUUCUUAUGGAAGAUAUUUUUGGGAAGGAAACGCCCAGUGGUGUGACAAUGGAAAGAGCCGGUCUUGGAGAGAAGCCCACUGAAUACGCUCACUUGUUUGAAGUCUUCAGCAUGGGCACUCAUCUUACUCAGCCAAUGGGAAGGCAUGCUGGCAAGAGGCCCUAUCACCGCCGCGACUUCGGGAUAGCAUUCAAGGGCAGGCCACACCUCACUCAGCACAUGAGUAUGUACGAUGGGAGAAAAAUGCACGAGUGUCAUCAGUGCCAAAAAGCCUUCACUACGAGCGCGUCCCUCACACGGCACCGGAGAAUCCACACCGGGGAGAAGCCCUAUGAGUGCAGCGACUGUGGGAAAGCCUUCAACGACCCUUCUGCCCUCAGGAGCCAUGCAAGGACUCACCUCAAAGAGAAGCCCUUUGACUGCAGCCAGUGUGGAAACGCAUUCCGGACCCUCUCGGCCCUGAAAAUCCACAUGAGGGUUCACACCGGUGAGAGGCCAUACAAGUGUGAUCAGUGCGGGAAGGCGUAUGGCCGGAGCUGCCACCUCAUCGCGCACAAGAGAACGCACACCGGAGAGAGGCCCUACGAGUGUCACGACUGUGGGAAAGCCUUCCAGCACCCAUCCCACCUCAAAGAGCAUGUGAGGAACCACACCGGGGAGAAGCCCUACGAGUGCACGCAGUGCGGUAAAGCCUUCCGCUGGAAGUCGAACUUUAAUUUGCACAAGAAGAACCACAUGGUGGAGAAGACCUACGAAUGUAAAGAAUGUGGGAAGUCCUUUGGCGAUGUUGUAUCCCGGAGGAAACACAUGAGAAUUCACAUCGUCAAGAAACCCGUGGAAUGCCGGCAGUGUGGGAAAACCUUCCGAAACCAGUCCAUCCUUAAGACUCACAUGAACUCUCACACCGGAGAGAAACCGUACGGGUGUGACCUCUGUGGGAAAGCCUUCAGCGCAAGCUCAAACCUCACAGCACACCGGAAGAUACACACACAGGAGAGGCGCUACGAGUGCACCGCUUGCGGAAAAGUCUUCGGAGAUUAUUUAUCCCGGCGGAGGCACAUGAGCAUCCACCUUGUAAAAAAGCGUGUUGAGUGCAGGCAGUGUGGCAAAGCCUUCCGGAACCAGUCCACGCUGAAGACACACAUGCGAAGCCACACUGGAGAGAAGCCGUACGAGUGUGAUCACUGUGGGAAAGCCUUCAGCAUCGGCUCCAACCUCAAUGUGCACAGGAGGAUCCACACCGGGGAGAAGCCCUACGAAUGCCUCGUCUGCGGGAAAGCCUUCAGCGACCACUCAUCUCUCAGGAGCCACGUGAAAACCCACCGGGGAGAGAAGCUCUUUGUGUCAUCCGUGUGGAAAAGGCUCCAGUGAACGCGGCUGCUUUAAAGACACAGGAUUACUCAGACGGGAAACAGACCUCAUGGAUGUAAGAGGAAGCCUCUGUGAGCUGGCACCUUACUGAGUGCAAAAGAAUCCACAUAAUUUGGGAGGAAUCCAAUUCCUAUAAAAACUGUGGGAAAAUGAGGUGUCUGCAUCCCAUGGGAGAUUUGUGAGCACUCACGCUAGGGGUAAAAAUGUACAUCUGUAGCGUGGAGAAGCCCUCGGGGUACAUUCGGCUCUGAACAAACACUAAGGCGAGAAACCCCAGCUUGGCAUUUAAUGCCAAAAUGGCUUCAGCACCAUUUGCAGCCUUCUGGGCCCAUGAGUAAUAAUAAGCACACUAGGGAGAAUCUCUACACGCAGUGGGUGGGGAAACUCGACUCCUGGUCUCCCUCAGUUCCUCUUGACAGAAAUCACACUCAAGAGAGAAAUGAGCGAAAUAAGGAAUGUGGGAAGGUCAUGAAUGGGUCCGCACACCAUGGCCAGCUGUCUUCUUGUGGCUUGCAAGCUAACAACAGCUGCUCCAUCUUUAAAGAGGAAGAAUGUGCACAAUAGAGAACAUUUGUGGCCAGCAAAGUCUGAAAUACUUCCAGUCAUCUGUCCCUUUCCAGAAAAACUUGGCCAACCCUUGGUCUACAGCACGGGUUCUCAGCUGGGCAGCAAUUUUGCUAUCCGGGCAUCAAUUGGCAAUGUCUAGAGACAUUGUUGGUGGUUAUAACUGGGGAAAGGUACUCCUGACUUGUAGUAAGAAGGCAUCAGGGAUGCUGCUAUGUCCCCUCCAGUACAUAGGAGCUCCCCACAACAAGAGUCAGUGCCCCCAAAUGUCACUGUUGCUGAGGUUGAAAACCUCAGCUGCUGCCUGCAGCAACCCCUGAGUUUUCAUGAAUCUUAUGAGCACUUAUGCCAGGAGAAAUUUCUUCUACAAAACUUUUAAAAUACAAUCAGUGCUGAUAAUUCCUAUGUGGAAAUGAUUCUAGCCAUGGUCCCCUCACUUGUGCGUGUGAAUAUUCUCAAUGGGAGAGAAGCCCCAGUGAGAUUUUCCAGUGAAUACAGGAUUGCACUUACUCUCUAAUCAUGAAAACAGACACUCCCCCACCCCAACCCCACUCAUAAAUUUUUUAUCUUUAUUUUUAAGGUUGCACUCUUCUAAAUAAACUCUUAAGCCUCAUCAAGAAAAGUUUGUAUAUAAUAUUUUUACUAUAGCUUCAUCCUUGAUAACAUCCUAAUUUCCUUUUGGACAACCUCCUUGACCAGUGGCAUAUUUAUCUGUGUGACACGAGGGUGUUUCUCAGUACUGGUUUGUUCCUGGCACCUGAUUCACAAGCAUUGUGACCAGAGCAUCAUAUCUCCAUCAAGUGGUGGUAUUUUUGCAGCUUGCUAUCUAGCCAAGAGUGACAGAUACUUUUUUUUUUUUUUUGAGACUGAGUUUUGCUUUUAUUUCCCAGGCUGGAGUACAAUUACACGAUCUUGGCUUGCUGUAACCUCCACCUCCUGGGUUCAAGCAAUUCUUCUGCCUUAGCCUCCUGAGUAACUUGGAUGACAGGUGCUUGUCACCAUGCCCAGAUUUUUUGCAUUUUUAGUGGAGAUGGGGUUUCAUCAUGUUGGCCAGGCUGGUCUCAAACUCCUGACUUCACGUGAUCCACCUGCCUCAACCUCCCAAAGUGCUAGGAUUACAGGCAAGAGUGACAGAUACUUCUACUGGCUUCCCCAGUAUCCACUCUUAUCUUCCAAUACCAAGAGAAUCCAGUUCUUUCAGAUUAGUAAGGUGUGCUAUCUUUAAAAAUUUCUGACAGGUUUUCUUGCAACUAGUACCAUCCGUGUCCCACAGCACUGGCUGUGUCAGCAGAUGUCACCACGUGGGCUUCUGAGAAAGCUCUUGAACAGGAGAUCCAUUACGUAGUAUUGGAAGAUCCACCUUAUGAUCAUGCGGAUGAAUGUCAGGGUCUAAAGAAGUGGCUACAGAAAGCCCACAGUGCCCCUGGCCUCCCCUCUGGGUCCUGUGAGUGUCCGCACCAGCCCUGGACUCGUUACUUCCAGACUUCUAUCACAUGAGAAAAAAUAAAACUGAUUAUUGGUUUAAGCUGCAA